CGCGGCGAAGGUGGCUGCCGGGGUGGGCGGGGAGGUCAGGUGACCCGGCCGGCGUCCCAAGAUGGCGGCCACGGCGGCGCCCGGGAGGCCCUGGCGGCGUCCCGGCCACUGAGGCGGGCUCCGCGCGGCUGGCGGCGGACGGGCCGGGCCGAGGGCCGGCGGGUAGGCGGCCGUCGUCUCUCCGCGCCCAGACGCCGGGGCUGGGCCGUCCGGCGGCGUCGCCGGGGGAUGCUCCUGCUGGGCCCGGCCUCUCUUUCCUCAACUUAGGGCGGCGGCGGGCCCGCGCCCCUGGGUCCCGGGCCAUGGCGCUGCGGGAGCUCAAAGUGUGUCUACUGGGGGACACAGGCGUAGGUAAAUCAAGUAUCGUAUGGCGGUUUGUGGAAGACAGUUUCGAUCCAAACAUCAACCCCACUAUAGGGGCAUCUUUCAUGACCAAGACUGUCCAGUACCAAAGUGAGCUGCACAAAUUCCUAAUCUGGGACACAGCAGGACAAGAACGAUUCCGUGCCUUGGCGCCGAUGUACUAUCGAGGGUCGGCCGCAGCCAUCAUCGUGUAUGACAUCACGAAGGAAGAGACGUUCUCCACGUUGAAGAACUGGGUGAGAGAGCUUCGGCAGCAUGGGCCGCCUAAUAUUGUAGUUGCCAUUGCAGGAAAUAAGUGUGAUCUUAUCGAUGUGAGAGAAGUCCUGGAGAGAGACGCUAAGGACUAUGCUGACUCCAUUCAUGCAAUUUUUGUAGAGACCAGCGCGAAAGAUGCAAUAAACAUCAAUGAGCUCUUCAUAGAGAUAAGUCGAAGAAUUCCCUCCAGUGACGCGAACCCGACACCCGGCAGCAAGGGCUUCAAACUGCGCAGGCAGCCUUCGGAGCCCAGGCGCAGCUGCUGUUGACUGCAGGGGCCGCUCCGACUUGAGGAUGAAGUGCGUGGUCCUGCAAGUUCACAGGCCGGGGGGCCCUGCCCCAGUUUUCAUCUGGUUGGCUGCAGACAUGGAACAGCUGUGUUGUGUGAGAAAACCUCAACAGCAGCGUGCAGGCUGUGGACCUGGGGGCCACGCAGGCCUGCUGUGUACAGAGAGAACGCACCUUGGCUUUUGACCUCGCUGACAAGGAGCAUAUAAUUAUACGGAUGUAGGAUUAAAUUGUUGAGUAGUUUUGUAAUCAAGAUUUUUAUGUAACAUUUGUAAAGGGAAAAUUAGCACUUUUCAAGGUUCUAGAGGGAAAGAGACCUGGUGGAGAUUGUAAUCCCCUUACGUUUCCCAUUACCACUGCUGGAAGGAGUUGUGUCAUUCAAAAUGUGGGUAGGGUGUGGUAAAUGGAGGGAUGGCAGUUAUUAUUUGCAGCUAAAAUGGGUUAUUUAUAAAAUGGAAACAAUUUCAUCCCUGCCGUCUCUGAAGUACUUCUUACUGACCGUGGGAGGCUCCGAACCCCGCAGUGAAUUAGCUGCGCUUGGCGCAUGCCUCACUCGGCCCUUGUGUGCUGCUGGCCCAGCACCACGGUGUCACCUUAGAGACAAGGUGUCGUCCCGAGGUGGUAGGGCUAAGCUUUCUGGAAUAGGUUCAGUGAUGUGUGUUCUGAAAUGCCUACCAGUGGUUUUGAAAAGAGGAAGGAGGGAGAGUAAAGACAGGGGUGUAAAUGCUGUCGAUUUUAUUUUAUUUAACACAAGCAUUUUGGUGGGGAAACAGCUCUCUUGCUUAGCAUAUGUAAAGUUGUUGUCUAUAUUUAUGAGACCGUUUCUUACAGGUGAGAAAUUAUGUAAAUACAUUAAUAAAUUCUGAGUUUCAUUGAGCCCUCCAUUUAGUCUUGCCCCAGUGUCACGUGUGCCCACCCAUUCUCCAGCCUGCCCGUGGGAGACCCUGCAACACCAUGAGUGGGGUGCUGAGGCACACGGCACUUAGCUCACAGUCCUCAGGAGAAUUCUCUGCCCUCCUUCCACCCACUGCUGUCCCCUGCCAGUCCCUCCUGGAAGUCGUGGUAAAGACAUAGGCCACUUGGACAAGCCAGCUGGUCCUCCCUAGCCUGGGGGAAAGAUGACACCCCAAGCUCCCCGAAGCUCAAGUCAUUGGCCUGGUCUUGGUAAUAAGUUUCUUUUUAGCUUUCACAGCAGCCUCAGCCCAAGUGUCUUAAGAGACCUUUCCUUGCUAACAGUCUAGCUUAUCCUUCUCUUUCCUUUAUUUUGCACAGCCUCUGUUAGCGGUUAACACUCUUUUUCCCUCAGGGAGCCUAAUGAGGUUUUUAAUAUAAUCUAAAAAUAAGGCACUGAAGUGAGGUUGGUGAAAAUUUGUUCCUGGUCUAAUUUGGCACCCUUUCAACCUGAGUAUUGUUAGAGAAGGAAAUUUACAAGAUUAAAUAGGAAAUGAAACAACUUGAAUUUCAGACAAAAUUGUGUUUUCAGAGUAUCCUUAAACUGAACAGUAGAAACUUUUAAAAAUAAUUGGUGUUUCUAGGUGCCCCCCCAUUUGAAGUGGCUAGAUUAUAAUGAGAAAAUCAUAACUCAGAUUAAGUAAAAAGAAAAUCCUUUUUCUCUUUUCUGUAGCUGAAGCAUUUGCAAUUAUUUUAUUCUUUUAUUGACAUAUACAAAGAAUGUAUGUUUCAUUUUGGAUACAUGUGGGCUCGCCAUCCCCCUAGCAUUCCCCUUCCCACCCAGUGUUAAAUUAGCAAGCUGCUAGAGAAAACAUGUCAUUUCCAGGGCUGGACUAUUUACACCUGAGGUGGUUGGACCUUAUUUACAUGCAUCCACAGUGGACCCAGGGCACGCAGCCACCUCCCUGGCAGGGCUCCGAUAUUCCAGCUGCAGAGCCUCCACCUCCAUGACAACAAAAUAAAAGCGGAGGACGGCUGGGCUCAUUACCAAGGAGACCAUGUGUUUGUGGUCCUUUUUGUCUGUGUCACCCAAAGAUGACACAAAGCGAUGAGCUUCCCGCAGUGGGCGAUUACGUGGCUCUCGCUGGGCAGGGUCAGGCACAGUCCCCUCUUCUGGACUUGUUCUUGCUGGCCAACUUCAGUGUGCCUUUUACCCUCACCCUGAAACCUUGCUGUGUGUCGCCCAGUGUGGCCUGUUUCCGGCCUCUUGCAGCUGGUCUCCAUCUGUGAUUUCUCAAAUUCCUCCCAAGCCUGGAGUGUGGGUCCACUCUGUUGCCCACCCCCAGUGUCUCAUAUACAAAGAAUGCAUAGUGAGGGCCUUGUGCCUGGGCAUCUCUGGGCCCCUUCCCCCUCCUCCUUGUCAGUCUGUUUAAGAAACUGGCAUGGUAUCAUUCCUCACGUUGUAUGUUUUCAAUGCUCACCAGCAGCAGCAAGUGGCUGUCAGAUCCAGAAUCCAUAUGCAGUGUGAAUGGAUGUUCACUUUCAGAAUGCAAAGAUUCGUAUUAAAGUAAGACGCCAUGCUUUGAAGUAUCGACCAUGCUAAGCCAUGAUCUAAUGCACAUUUCAUAUUUUCUUUAUUAUUUCUUACAAGAAAUGACUAGAUUUCCAAGGAGUUGAGUCACAGCCCAUCUACAGAACUCUUGAUUCCCUUAAGAUGUGGUGACCAAACAGACGGAAAAAAUCCUACUUGGCCGCAGUGUGUAUCGACUUCUUUCAGAGAAAGUGAAGUAAGCUCUUUGCAGAUGUCCAGUCCUAGAAACUGUUGUUCCCCGGGCCUCCCCUCUCACAUAAGUGUUUUUCUGAUCCUGUGAUAACUACUUAACUAUCACUGGAUCAUUAAAGGAACAUAAAGUAGGUGUAUGACUAAGUGUCCUUCAUUUUAAACUCUGCUAAGUGACGGGCCGGAGGAGGACCUGCCGCGAGCCCUUCCGUCAGCCACGGUCAGGCGCAGCGAUGCGCUUGCUGCUCAGUCCCGGACUGCCCUGCUGCCCGCUGGUACUGCUCCCGCUGUGCCCUGGCGCCUGGAAGCCACCUGCCCCGAGAGGUGCAGAGGCCGAGUGCCUUCAGCGGGCCAGUGUAUUUCUUAAGGCUGUCCGUUUUUAUUUUUAAUUACAUAAGAAGAGGAAGAAAAGGAAAAAGAAAAAAAAAAACAUACUGAAUCCCAGACCUCCCCUUGUCUCUCAUUUCAUUUCUGCUCUCAAGGAAGAAAGAUAGGUAUAGGAGUUCUUCUAAUUUAAACCCUGGAGCUAGUCGUGAAAUUCCUAGCUAACCGGUCCAUGGCUUUCCUGUCACUGCCAGGGCCGAUUGCACAUGCUGGUGGCAUCGUGUUAAAGCAGACAUGCUUCCCAGGCUCUGAACUUGGUGCUGUUCCUCUGCUGUGUCCUGCGAGUGAACUGCACGCGACGUUACAUCAGUUCCUUUCAGCACACUACCACUCUGGUUCAGGGGCCUUGCAGGAUAAGCCAGAGGCACGCAGUAUGUUAUGCAUGUAACAGAUGGGGCCUUGGUCAGUGGUUUAGCAAGCGAGGGAGGCGGUAAACACCAGCUUCCGGACACCAGGAGGCCUCCCCGGCUGCUGACGUUCCUCCUGAGUCCACGUGGGGAGUUGGUGACAGUGCCAGCCUGCCACCGCCUGCGUCUUGUGAGCUCUUUAAAGGAACUAGCAGUAGCACAGCUUUUGCUUACUGGCUGCAAGAGAUGGACCGCUUGGGUAAUAUUUUUAAAUGAAGACAUGGGCUCUGCGUUCAAGCAGUGAGCUGUUCAGUACAGCCCUGCCUUCAGUUCUUGGCUCACCAGGAACAAUAAGCCCUUGGAGGCAGCAUAUGGGAGAGUUGUCUUAGCUCCUGGGGUAUACGAUGAUUUAAAAAAAAAAAAAAAGCCCAAGCAACAAAUGAUCUGAGAGCUACACCUGAUUGUGUAUGGCUUCAGAAAGACCAGGAGGGGUGGGGAGAAACGCAGGCAGGCCCCCCAGAAACAACCCUGCAGACUUCUGACAGCAAAGGAGCUGAGCCUGACUCCCGGGAAUGCGAGUCAGCCAGUUUGAUUGGCUGGUUUGCAACAAACGUUAAUGAAAUUCUGGGGCAUUUGUCCUGUCUUAUGUGCAAAUGAAAGUCUUAAAAAAUAUUAGAAGGGUAUUAUAUUUUUGAGGAGCCUCCAUCUACGAGAAUGAUAAGUAAGAGACCUGUUGUGUUGAAGUUUCAUUAAACAUAAGGAAAGUGAAUAAAUAGAAUGCAGAGCCUCCAUAUUGCCCACUGUCCUUCAGGGUUCUCGUAACAUAGGAUUUACACUGCAAAGCUGGAAGGACUUCUGGUGGUAUAGGUAAAGUUUAGUGUGAUGAUCUGUACUGUCAGAGAUAACUAAGACCUGUUCUUUCAUCUCAGAAUUUAAUCAUACAUAUAGCUUCAAAACAAAAGAAUUCAUAAGUUCAAUUAAGAAAUCUCAGACCUUCCAUCUAUUGCUUUUCUUAUGGUGAACAUUGUAGAUAGUAAGAUUAUAUUAUCAGCAAAUAGUAAAAUUAAAACUGUGGUGUCUAACAAAUAGUUUUUUUAUUAUUAUUUAGCUGCAAGGUUAUUUAAAAAUCUGUCUGGUACCCAGUGCCUCAUCAGGGGCUUCAUAAUUGCAGCAACAAACAAAGUCGUGGGUAGCUUUCCAUGGAAGGGGAUUGCCAGUGCCAAGUUCUCUCAGCCAAUUAAUGGAAGUGCUAAGAUAGUAACGACUGUUUGAACGAGCUUCUUUAAUUGACAGCUUUAAACUGUGGCCCUUACUGCUCUCUGGGGUCUGCAGCAGAGACAAGCAGUGUGACUGACACCACUUCAUCUAAGAACUUUCCACUGCUUCAGGAGACAAAUGUUUUAAUGUGGGAUUGGGGAGAAACUGUCUUCAUGAAAUGAGCAUUUUGUAAGUGGGAGUGAACUGCACUUGUCGAGGAAAUUCCUGAACACCGCAGCUCCUGUCAUUGCGAGCUGGGCACACCUGUUCCUCCAGAGCUCCCUGGCCGCCCGGCUGGCAGGGGCCCUCCGUCACAGGCAGUCCUCGGCCGAGACCUAUGGCAGUGCUCCACUUGGCUUGGUGACCAUUCCUUAUUUUACACCGUAUUUGAAUCUGAAAAAAAUCUUGAAACCUCCACUUGGUUCCUAUAUGAAGUUGCUGCAGAGUUUGUGAAAGUUUAAUGAUAUAGCUCACACACACGACAUCUGAAGGACCAGUUGAUUAAAUGUGGGGGACAUGAUUAGCAGGUGGCCGCUAGUCAGAGCCGCUGAUGAGUGGCUCUAUUUUUAAACCAUUUGUUGUACUGUGUAGACAGAACUUUAUUGCCCUGGCAAAGAUUUUUUUUUUUAACUCAUCCAACUCAGUCUUUCCAUCAUUCCACUUUAUGGGCCACUCACGUAAUCGUCAAUCAUUCCUCUGACCUUCUGAGGAAUUUACGCCUUGCCUGCUCAGUGACCAAAGCCCCCUGCUUUAUUUCCCUUAUUUUCAUUUGGCUGAGGGCUCUCCCUAGGAGUUGCAUAGCUCCCCAUCCCUCCAGCCCCCCGGGUCACCUUUUCAGCACAUGACAGGCCUUCUGUGGCCUUUCAUGGUCAGAGGCAGGGCUGGCCCACCCCAGGCUGCUGGAGUGGAGGGUGUGGCACAUGCUGACAGAGCCGGUUGGAGGUGAGGACCCUGGGCAGCAGCAACCCUGCAAGUGACAACACAGGUGCUUGUCAGAACUUGGGGAGCUGGUGGCAGAGCAUCUGUUCAAAGGUGUUCAAGUCCAGAAAAACAGCCGUGGAGAAAAAUCUAGAUGUUUCUAAGCAGAGUAAACAAAAAGCUAAGCCGUCGUACCAGCAAGUCUCAUUUCUUGUAAAAAUGUCUUGCCUUUCUAAGACCUGAUGCAAGGAGUGAGAUUUUUGUGCCUUUUUCUAAUAGUGUCAAUCAUGGGAAAGUAAGAUGAAGUUGCUUACAAGUGUGGCUGCGUGGUAGCCUGGCAGUUGGCUGUUGCCUAGCGCCGAGGCUUGGCUGCAGGGCCCGGUUUCCUGUCCUGCCGGUUCCCCAGGCUCACGUGGGUGUUUGAAGACUUUAUUUUUGCAGUCUUAACCUUGGGCUGGACCUAAGUCUGUGUAAACUGUAUGAUGUCUGUAUUGUUUAGAGACACUGAUGAAACAAAGCUAGACCUGUGAGAGUUUUUGUUGUACGAUUUUUCUUGUCCUUAUGCCAGUAGUGGGUAGUUUGCAAAUACAGGUUGAUUUGUCUUCCUUUUCAACAAGAUUGUUUUAGCUUGAGUAUCCUGUGCUUUUAUAGCGUUACAUGCUGAAUCACUAUACACUUUGUUGUAAGAAGGGUGUAAACAUUUUGUUAAUAAAAUGCUAUGUUUA